AUGGCAUCUAUAUUCGACCGACGCGGACAACUAGCUCCCUUCACGAUUCGCUCUCGUGUCAUGUUCCAGGAGCUGUGCAUCCUCGGGGUGGGCUGGGAUGAUCCACUGGACGCUGAGCACACGCGGAGAUGGACAUCCUGCUUUAGCGAGCUGGGAGAUCUGGCGCUGAUCCGUGCGCCGCGCUGCUUCAAGUGUCCGGGUCGCGAGUCGUCUGUCGCUACAUUGUCGCUGCACGUGUUCACGGAUGCUUCAGAUGCCGCCUACACCGCUAACGUGUACGUCCGUGCUGAGUACCCAGAUGGCAAUGUGCGAGUGACGCUAGCACUCGCCAAGGCGCGUCCAUGUCCCAUUAAGAAGAUGUCGAUCCCGAAGCUGGAGCUGAAGGGUGCUAUGCUUGGUGUUUGCCUGGCCCAGACAGUGAAUGACGAGCUAGAUCUGCCGAAGGCUGAUGCCACCAACUGGUCCGACUCGAUGAACGUGCUUCACUGGGUGAGAGCACAUUCCAGAAAGUUUAAAAUCGACGUGGGCAACCGGAUAGCUGAAGUACAAGAGUAUUUAGCUGGCAACCACGUUCUUGGAAAGCUGAACCCAGCCGACAAGAGCACCAGAGGCUUGACAGUAGCCAAGCUAGCCAGUGAUUCAGUAUGGUGGAGCGGCCCUGAGUUCCUCGUCCAGCAGCACAAUGAGUGGCCGUCUCGUCAGAUAACCGUGCCAAAAGAGUUGCCCGGAAUGGUAAAGCGAGCGCAAGUGAUGGCGUUCGCUGUGCACACGAGAGGGGAUCCGGAAGCAGCAAGUACAGCAGCCGACUCUGUGGAGCUGAAGUCUGAGGAGCUCCAGCGUGCCGAAUGUCACUGGUAUGCGAUUGCACAAGCAGAGAGCUAUCCCGCUUCGUAUCGGCAGCUGACGUCAGGGAAGUCCCUUGCAGCGAAUGACCCGCUGCUACGGCUGAAUCCAGUGCUCCACAAGGACUACCCGUGUGUACUACGCGUUGGAGGUCGUCUGAAGACUGCCAGCCACUUGCCUGAGCAUACCCGGCAUCCGAUAAUCUUGCCCCAGCACCAUCGCAUUACUCAGCUGAUAGUCGACGCCGAAGAUCGCAAGUGUGAUCACAGUGUGGGCCCAAACCACCUCUUGGCAAACCUGAUGCUGCGGUUGUGGAUCAUCCGUGGCAAGGUUGUCACACGAUCUCACCGUGCCCACUGCGUGCUCUGCAAGAAGAAGUGGGCCACUGUGGCUUUGCAGCAGAUAGCACCGCUCCCGCUAUUCCGAACAGCUCCACCGUGCCGGGCAUUUUCAAGAGUGGGAGUUGACUAUGCCGGUCCGUUCCGGACAAAACAAGGAUGUGGCAAGACCCAGCUCAAGAGGUACCUCUGUGUCUUCUCUUGUUUGCAAUCCUGA